AUGUCUAAUCCAGCUUUGCAAGUGUAUGGUGGGGAUGAAAUAUCUGCAAUAGUUAUUGACCCGGGUUCUUACAGAACAAACAUAGGACUUGCUGGUACCGACUGUCCCAAUGUCUCAAUUCCUUCACAAUAUGGUUGUUAUAAGGAAGAGUCUUCGUCUAACAACAAGAGUGAAGAGAAGAACAAAGAUGAUAAGAUAGAGGAUAGUGAUAAUCAUAUAAAUAAGAAGAAACACGUCUUUUCUGAACAAUCUAUUGUCUUUCCUAGAAGUGACUAUGAGAUUAAACCUAUCGUUGAAAAUGGGGUAGUAACUGAUUGGGAUGUCGCGCAGGAACAAUGGUCAUGGGUGCUUGAACAGGAAAUGUAUCUAAAAUCUAACAAAGGUAUGCCAGUUUUAUUGACUGAACCCAUAUGGAAUCCAGUAGAUAAUAGAAAAAAAUCCUUAGAAGUAUUAUUAGAGGGUCUAGAGUUUGAAGCUUGUUACUUGGCAUCUACUGCAUCCUGUGUUUCUUUUGCUGCUGGUAGACCUAAUUGUUUGGUUAUCGAUAUAGGUCACGACACAUGUAGCGUAAGUCCUGUUGUAGAUGGUAUGACAUUGUCAAAGAGUACUAUGAGAAGUCAAUUUGCAGGGAAAUAUAUGAACCAUCUUUUAGAGAAAUAUCUUGCACCAAGAGAAAUAAUACCGCUAUUUGCUGUUGCUGAAAGGAGACCUGAAUUUAAAAAGAAAGAAUUUUCAUUUUCGAUAGACCCGUCAUUGUAUAAAUAUGCUAAGAAUCAUGGAAUAUUCCAAGAAAUGAAAGAAACACUGUUCCAGAUAUCACCUGAAGGUCCAUUAGAAAAUAUGAAAGAUCAAUUAGAAAAUCAGGCAAAAAGAUCGAUCGAAACACAAUGGGGUGAAACUAUUGUAUUCGACGGUACCACAAGAUAUGGAUUUGGAGAACAACUCUUCAAUGUUAAAAAUCAAGAUGUUCCAUCUGAUUGGGAAAUAUCUAAGGACAGUACUGUUGAGACCUGGCAUAACGAUUAUGUUCCUUUGAAAAGAAAUAAGCCAAGUGGUGGGAACAAAGAUGCAUCCGUGGCUCCUAGUGAAAGUAGUGUGAAUCCAGAUGAUGUUCCAAAUGAAAAUGGCAAAAGACCAUUAGAGGUUAAAAAGAAUGACAUAGCUGGCCUAGCCGAUCUUGCAUAUUUAUCUAUUAUGGCAAGCGAUGUUGAUUUACGUGCUUCCUUGGCCCACAAUAUUGUUCUUACAGGUGGGUCAUCUCAAAUACCUGGUUUAGGUGACAGAUUAAUACAUGAGUUAGGAGGUAGACUACAAGCACUCAAAUUCAGAAUAAUGUCCUCUGGUCAAACCAGCGAGAGACAAUACCAAAGUUGGUUGGGUGGUAGCAUUCUGUCAAGUUUAGGUACAUUUCAUCAAUUAUGGGUUGGUAAAGAGGAAUACGCUGAGGUGGGUGCAGAUAGACUAUUAACGGACAGAUUCAGGUAA